AAUGAAUCAUCGAUUAUGCGUUUGCAAAUACAGAAACCCCAUAGAAUUCGUAUGUACUCUAAAGGAAUGCACUGAUCGGAGACUGAUUUGCAAAUCCUGUGCUUGGGAUCAUAAGCGUCACGAUUCCAAAGUUCUUUAAAUUAACGAAUUCGAAACCAUGAUUACAAAGUGAUUAUGUGUCUCUUUAUCAUAGUGACUCGCUGGUGUAAAGAAUCCAAGACGUACAGAAUGCAGAAGGAAUAAACAACACUCUUGACCAACUCAUACAAAUAGCUUAGACAGACAUAAUGUAAAUACUGAAGAAGAGGUGCACAGAAUUGAAGGACAAAGUCAAGAAGCAUUACAAUCCAUUCAAUAGGACCGUCGAACACAUUACAAACAUAUCCAAAAAAUACUAUAAUUCAUCGACCAUCGACUCUCUAGUCAAGGAAUUGGACAUCAGCGACAUUUAAGGACAAUUAUAAAAAAUGGAGGCCGCUCAAUUUUAAAAGUUUUCUCUAAUUUGCAAAGAAAUCUUGAAUUUGUCAGACGCUCUAGACAAACUGAGAAAAGCAUGCUAAGAAGACGCAUCUCCAGAGCUAAAAUCUAUUAGAAAUUACAUCCAAUCAAAUCUGGAAUUUAAAGAAGUGAAACCAAAAAGUAACAAAUCUAUUUAUUCCACUCUUAGUUUCCUUCGAUUAAGAUUUAAACGAGUACAUCGAAAAAUCAGCAGUCUAACUAUAAAAAUAGCAGAUUUUGGAGAAAUCACAAUUGCAAUAAUAGAAACAAUAAUAAUAGGUAUAAUAGACUUAAUUGGAUUACAAGAGAAUUGCUCCUUAACACAUGUAUUUAUCUCAUUUGGAGAUUCAGAAAUAACCCAAACAAUUAUCAGAGAAGGCCUCGCCCUACAAUUAAGAAAGGUUAAAAACGGAACAUGUAUAAUACAAGUCUCUGCUUGAUUACUCAUUUAUGAAAGAAGACAAAUCGCAAUAACUACCCAAAUACCAUUAAAUGGAUUACAACAAAAGACAGGAAGAACCCAAUAAUCAAUUCAAUAGUCUAUCUAAUACUGAUAGGCUCUACCCCUUUUAUUAAAGAUAAUCAUCCCAAAGCUUAUAUUAAUCUUCAAAGAAAUGA